AUGGAGGGUGAUGGGUCGCAGCCCACCCAAGCUACCCAGAAUGUCCUUGAUCCGCGCCGCAUAGGCAAGCAGAACUCGGGCUUCUCCGACGAGGACAUUUCCGACAUCAUCUGCCUCCUCUACCCCCAUACAACGUUUGCAAAGGCCGAAGUACAUCGCAUAGCCAAAGACCACUCACCUCAUGUCGUUGGUAGGGCGGAGGCGGAUGCGGUUGAGCCGGACUACGAGCGGGAGGACACGGCCGAUCAAUUCCAGCUGACACCGCCCAAUAUCGAACAUGCCAUCAUUCUGAGGCUGUCGGCCGAGACCAAGGACCCCCUUCAGGGCUUCACGUUUGGCAGGAACGUGGGGAGGUGCGACAUCAGCUUCGCCAAAGACCCCAUGAAGCGCCUCAGUAACGUUCACUUUCGCAUCUAUGUUAACGAAUACGGCGUGGUCAUGCUCGAAGACAAGUCCACCAACGGGACCUUUGUCGACCAGACACUGCUGCGCUCGAAGCCGAAGAAUCCCAACGAAAAGUGUGACACAAAGAGGGUCCUAAGUCAGGCCUCCAAGAUCAAGGUGUUGAUGCAUAACGAGGCGCAUGACCUGGAGUUUCUGGUUAGGAUGCCGAAGCGAGUGGGCGAUUAUGAAAUGGCGUACAACACAAAACUCCAGCGAUAUUUUGCGAGAAUGGAGGGCCUUCGCGUGUCGAAUGUCAACGAGACAUUGUUGCCGGGCCCAGGUGGUCACGUUGACUUGUUCUCUGCUCCUAGGAGACCGCAGACGGCCACUACACGGCGGGUAGCGCUGCCGUCCAGUACCACACAAGAUAACGCCGACCGUUUUCCGAGAGACUGGGAUGGGUCCGGGAAGUAUAACCGUGUCGGCCAGAUCGGCAAGGGUGCCUUUGCGGUUGUGUACAAGGUCACGUCCAAGUUCGACGGUGUUCCUUACGCUGCCAAGGAAUUGGAGAAGCGACGGUUCAUCAAAAAUGGUGUCCUGGAUCAAAAGGUGGAAAACGAGAUGAAAAUCAUGCAGAGGGUCCAGCAUCCGAACAUUGUACGGUAUAUAGAGCACUUCGAUUGGGACAAUCGGCUCUUCAUCAUCAUCAUGGAGUAUGUCGGAGGUGGUGACUUGGGAAAACUCAUCAGCGGCCGAGGCCCUUUGCAAGAGAUUAGCGUCAAGCAAAUGGCAGCCCAGCUGCUGAGUGCUUUGGCGCAUCUGCACGAGAACCACAUUACGCAUCGAGAUGUCAAGCCUGACAAUAUCCUCAUCCAAUCGCUGGCCCCUUUUGAGGUAAAGCUGACCGACUUUGGCCUCUCCAAGAUGGUGGACAAUGAACAAACCUUCCUCCGAACAUUUUGUGGUACGCUACUGUAUUGUGCGCCCGAAGUAUACUCCGAGUAUGCCGAGUACGGCGACGACGGCCGUAGACACCCUCGUAAUAGAGCUAAGCGCGCGGCGGUUGGACAACGAUACGACCACGCGGUUGAUGUAUGGUCGCUUGGCGGCGUGCUCUUCUACGCGCUUACGGGUAGGCCCCCGUAUCCCGUUAACAACGGCGUCAGUUACUCGGAGCUACUGCACACGAUCAUGACGGUGCCCCUGAACACUGUCCCUUUGGUACGGCAGGACAUCUCGAGACAAGGUAUCGAGUUUCUAUGCUACAUGCUUGAAAAACGGCCAGAAUGCCGCGCGCCUGUCCGCGAUCUCCAGUCAUAUCCAUGGCUAGGACCCCACAGACUAAAACCGAUAUCGAAUGGCGACCAGUCGUUCGACGAAAUUACUGAUGAAGACGAGGAGCUGCAGGUCAAUGCGUCCCAACUCAGUCUGGAAGAAGGGCGGUCACGGUAUCUUGCUGAUACAGAACUGCCAUUGGAGGACGAGGUGGAUGAUGAUAUUGUCAAUGAUUUCAUCGAGGAGGACUCAGAAAAAGAGAACGGCACAUUUGGUCCUCGAGGACAGGGUGCUGGACUGAGACUGUUCGGAGAAGUAAACAUGUCUGCCGUCGGAAGCAAGGGGGCGAUACCGGCGGAGCGACUGAAUCUGCCUGUAGCCGACUCGGGCGUUCUCGGUAACGAGAGCGUAGAAACGGAAAUACUGGACAGCUGCGACUCUGGUGACGUUUCGACAAUUAUUGGCAAGAAAUCACGGAGCAGCGGCGGAGCCAGACUAUCCAUCUCGUCGGCUAAUGACCAAUCUGCGGAUCAACUUCGAAGUCUGGUUGAAAACGUUGCGUCUCAAAGUUUGGGGGCAACCGAUUUCGAUAGUGACAUACAGAUGAAAUCCGCGGCUGUCUCUCAAAACAACGGGACAUUCUAUACCGCCAGCAAAAGAAAGCCGCCAUCGUUCGAUACGAGCGACGAAUUCGAACCACGGCCGCGAGAAAAGCCAAUCUUCAAGCGCCUGAAAUCGGAAGGCAACCUCGAUGCGCUGGCGGAGGAGCAGAUGGAGGAGUACAACCUGCUCGCUUCAGUACCGCAGAUCAAGAGGCUAGAGUCCGGACGCCAGAUAGACGGACCAUUCAACAAAAUGAACUUUUGGAAAAACAAUCUCGAAACGUGGCAUCUUCGCUACCCCGAGAUGACGCAACUCCAGUACGAAAUGUUCAAGAAGGCUGCUCAAAGCCGGGGGGAGGAGUUUGGGCCAGGAAAGACUGCAUUAUGGGAGUUGGCUUUCAAGUACUUCCCGCCAAACAAUGGUGUCCCUGCCAUGCACACCCAAGAACAACCUACCGUUGACGAUACGAAUCGAACUCUACUAAAACGAGACGACAGAAAAGUGCUAGAGGGUGCAGAAUGGGAUAUUCCUCCUACAGCGCCGCCGCCCGAAGAAGAUUCAUUACCAGAUACCCUCCCACCAGAUACACAGAAGAUAGUAGUGCCUGUCUCUGAGGACGAACCGAAACGUGCUGUUGCGGUAUUGGAAUCCGCCCCUGGGUCAGUAGUCUCUGGCCUUUCAGUCCCCAUGACCAAUUCACUGCUGUCAUGGGGACGUGGGCCAACCAAUACGUCGAUUUAUGAUCAGAAGACGGAGAUUCGAGUACCCAAGUACGCCCUCAAAAUCUUGCUAUGGAAAGACGGCCACGAUCCCUGCAAAGACGUGACCAAGCAUCCUUGGGACAAGAAUCCCGAUGGCAAAGGAUUCGCCUUUUACCUGUCCACAAAGGCGACAAACGGCGUCCUGCUCAACGGCGGCGAGCUCUUGUCCCACGACUGCAAGAACCCGGCCAGCCCGUCCAAGAACUGGGUUCAGCUCUAUGACGGCGACGAGAUUGUCAUCUGGGGCACGACCGCCGACACAACGAGCCAGACCAAAGUCACCUUCCGCUGCUUCUACGGCGACUCGGCCCGUCGGCGACCUACCGACGCGCCGCCCAAGCUCGUGCCCUCGUCGGCCGCGCGCAGGGUAGACGAGGUCUGCGGGCGGUACGAGAGGAAGCUCAAGACAACGGCGGAGAAGGAGGCCAAAAUUGCCGAGGUCGACAGGGAGCUCGUAGAGCGCAAUCAGAACAUUGAGAAGGAGCGGGAACGCAGCCGUGUGUUCGAGGACAAGAGGCUCGAGGCGCUGAGGUUCAUCGCGCUGAGGAACCACGCUGCGAGACGGGGGAGUCCCGCGAGCGCGCCGGCUGCUACUGUGCUUCGGGGCCAGACGCCUGGCGGCGGCGGGAUGCCGUCGCCGUUGGGAGAACAGGGGAGCAGCAGUCCGAAGAAUUAG